AUGAUAGGUGGAUGCUUGACACUUUUACAGUGUUACUUUCACUUGAAUAUUGACCGGCCAAAAAGAACCACACGUCAGUUUCCUCUGGCACUCUUGUGGAAAGGAAGGCAACAGCAGAGUUGUUCCAAGAAUGACUUAUUCAAGUAUCGCAAGACACUUGACGAUUUAGAUCCAUCAACUGUCAAGAACGAAAUUGAUUUCUUCAAAACAAGCUGCUAUACUCCAGUUCGACCAGGUGGGAGAGAGAAGCAAUUGAAGAAUCAGUGA